CCAGCAUCCAUUCCAGUCGUGAACACCCUGGACCCCUCUGCCUCGGCAACAACAUUCACUAUGACACUUCCAGACAUCAACAGUCGAAACGGACCCAUAAGUUGCUACCACGUCAUCGUAGUGCCCAUGGAGAGUGGAGAAAGUCUUCAGCAGCUGAGUACCAGGAUGGGAGGUCCUGACGUCAUCCUGACUCCAGAUGCACCGCUGCUGGGAAGAACUACUCCUUACAUUGCUCUGGCGUACUCCGGAAACAACUACGUCAGUGGUGACAUCACAAUAGGAAGUGGAGAGAGUUGUACAGACCCGUGUUGUCAGUUUGAGGAGGUAGAAGGAGCUCCACAGCCAGACAACAGACAACUGUCACCAGGGUCUGCUUAUACUGCUACUGUCAGGGCUUAUGUCAGCGGUGGGAACAGGCGGAAAAGAGCAGCCUCACAGGCACAGAAGUCAUCUGCAUACAUAACUCCCGUCACCACAUCAAGUAUAUCAGGUAAUCCAGAUCAAGGUUCUUCAGUUGGAGGGAUUGUAGGAGGGAUACUGGCAGUUGUAGCAGUCAUCUCUGCAGCAGCGGUGGCCCUGGUCUUGUACAGGAGACACCAGGCUGCCAAGGAAGAUGACCUGGUUCCUCCCCCCCUCCCCCCAAGAUGGCACGCUGGGGAAGAGGAGCUUGGAGGAGCUGUAGGACCUGCUACUCUGGACGACGAAGCACCUGUUCCCAAACCCAAGCCACUACUGAGUAUGAAGCGAAGAAAAUUCAGUUCCAAGAAAACACUAGACUUCCGACAGCCGAUCCCCAUUGAGAAACUGGAGAGAGAAUUCAAUCUUCGGCAUGCUAAUGACGAUCAACUCUUCACACAGGAAUACAAGUCGCUGCCAGCACCAUUUGGAAGAGAACACGCAGAGGCAUAUUAUAACCAGGAAAAUGCCUCCAGGAACAGGUUCAAAAACAUCAUUGCAUAUGACAAUGGUCUAGUGACGCUGACUCCAAUUGAAGGUGUGCCUGGAUCUGGCUACAUUCAUGCGUCAUACAUUGAUGGCUACAAAGAAGAGAGAAAAUACAUAGCGGCACAAGGUCCUAUGGACAACACUAUAGAUGACUUCUGGAGGAUGAUCUGGGAGACAGGUUCUACUGCAAUCGUCAUGGUAACCAACCUUCAGGAGAAUCAAAAGAAAAAGUGCAGCCAGUAUUGGCCUGACAGUGGGGAGAAGCUGUAUGCUGCUGACUAUGAGGAUGGUGGUAUAACUGUGACGUUAGCUGAAACUGUGCCAAUGGUGGACUAUGUCACACGUGUGCUUCUGAUAGGAAAGGGUGAGAUGAAGUCACGUAAGGUCACUCACUUCCACUUCACCAGCUGGCCUGACUUCGGCCUGCCCAGGAGCCCCAUGGGAUUGCUCAAGUUCCGAAAAACUGUCAUGUCAGCGCUUCCACCUGACUGUAGGCCAAUCGUCGUCCACUGCAGUGCUGGAGUGGGUCGAACCGGUACCUUCAUCACCGCAGACGCCAUGUUGGACAUGAUUAAAGAAGAGGGGAAGGUGGACGUGUUCGGGUUUGUGUCACAGAUGCGGCAGAACAGGAGUAACAUGGUGCAGACAGCGGCUCAGUACGUGUUCAUCUUCAAAGCCCUGUUGGAGCAGCACCUGUACGGAGACACGGAGACUGAAGUGUCCAACAUCCACCGCUACAUGCAGAACCUGAGAAAGGUGUGUCCCGAGACGGCCAAAACGGGGAUGGAGACAGAGUUUCAGAAACUGAUUCGCAUCCCUAUAGAUAAAGCGAAUAUGCGGUCAGGAAAUCUUCCAGAGAACGUGUCUAAAAACAGGUUGCUCCAGGUCUUACCCUAUGACACUUCCCGGGUGAUCCUACAGCACAGGAUAGGUGUGAAGGGAGCAGACUACAUCAACGCUUCCUUCAUUGACGGUUACCGUCAGAAGGACGCGUACAUCGCUACCCAGGGCCCGCUGGACCGGACUGUGGAGGACUUCUGGAGGAUGGUGUGGGAGUGGAACUCCUGCUCGAUCGUCAUGAUCACACAGCUGUGGGAGAAGAGUCAGUGCAAGUGCGCCAUGUACUGGCCUGAAGAGGGACUGCAGUCCUAUGGAGACCUGACUGUAUCUCUGCAGGAGGAGACAGGCUUCCCUGAGUACACAUUGCGUACAUUUGGAGUCUCCAGCCAUAAGGAUGGUACAACCCGGACAGUCCAACAGUUCCACUUCCACGGUUGGCCGGAGGUCGGUAUUCCUGACAGUGCUGCUGGGAUGAUCGAUCUGAUUGGUCAGGUUCAGAAGCAGCAGCAGCACUCUGGGAACGGACCAAUCACCGUGCACUGCAGUUCUGGAGCCGGCCGCACGGGGGCGUUCUGUGCCAUCAGCACAGUACUGGAGCGGGUGAAAGCAGAGGGAGUCUGUGACGUGUUCCAAGUGGUGAAGGCACUCCGGCUGCAGCGGCCUCAUAUGGUGCAGACACUGGACCAGUACCAGUUCUGUUACCAGGCUGUUGUGGAGUACCUGGACAGUUUUGACCACUACGCCAACUUCCGCUGAAGCGGACAGGUAUUUACAGCUACACAAGCAUCUAUACUGGACAACACCUGAAGCCUCAACCAAGCAUUGGGAGCACAGCGUGAAAGAGUAGAAAUUGGCCAAAUAGAUGAACUGCCAGGGGAGUUGUUCCAUCCUAAUGGGAGCGGCAAACUGUUCUCUAACGCAGACCAACUCCCCUGGCAUUUCAGCCGCUUCCCGAAGCCUGGCAGAUGCUAGACAACACUGGCAACUGGAAAUCACUGAAGAUUGAAAAACUUUGGAGAAGAUUUUUAAUGACCCAUCAUUCUAUGCAAAAUUCCUGCAUAAUGGACAGGAGAAUCUUAUAUAUAUAUAUAUGCAUCACUAAGUCUUUAUAUACAAGUAAUCUGUAAAUUGUCUUUAUAUCAGUAACAAUUAACAUUUAAGAUUACCCAAAUAUUUACAUGAACAGGCAUUUUAAAGUACAAGAAAGCAUUAAGUACUCAAAAAGUUAGAUCAAUUUUAUAUACUGAUGUAUAUACUUAAUACUUAUAAUGUAUUUUUUUUAGAUAAAAGUGAAAUAAUCAUUGUAUGCACUUACAAUGUUAGUCUGCACACACCUUUGCAGGAUUCAAGGAUUGAGUGCUUUCAAUAUAGGAAAGGAUCUGAUUUAUAAGAUGUAUAUACUGUCUUUUAAUUCAUACAAUCGUGAUCAUGUAGACAAAGAGUUAGAGCAGCUAACUUGGUUUUAGUGUGCAAUAGGAUUUAAUAAUUCAAUUUGAUAAAUCACUCUAUUGUACAUGUAUUGGAGAAGUAUGGAAUGAUUACAACAAAUGCAAUCCUUACUAAUGGCAAUGUAAAUUAUGUGAUUUUAGACAAACAACUGUUACACUUACCACAGACAAAGUUUUAAUGUUAGAGGUUUCAAGAAUUUGUAUAGUAAGUAAAAGAUGAUGCCAAAACAAGCUACAGACUACCAAUAUGUUGUGUUUUUGUAAAAAGGUAUUCAUUCCUUUA